AUGAGGGCGCGGCGGGUUGGGGCGCUUCUGCUGCUCGCGGUCCUAGCGCUCGCCGCGUCGGCGGCGCGGCUGGACCUGGACGACGACGACGACUCGGGCGUGCUGGACGAGCUGCUGGCCAUCGACGGGAGGCGGAGCGGGGCGGGCUGGACGCCGACGGCGGGGGCGCCGCGGAGGCGCGCGCAGCUCAUGCCGCGGUUCGCCGAGGCCGCCGCCGCGCUGCGCGCCAUGGGCAGCGCCGUCGCCUUCGCGAAGCUCGACGGGGAGCGCUACCCGAAGGCGGCCGCCGCCGUCGGGGUCAGGGGCUUCCCCACCGUGCUCCUCUUCGUCAAUGGCACCGAGCACGCCUACCAAGGCCUCCACACCAAGGACGCCAUAGUUACUUGGGUAAGAAAGAAGACUGGUGUGCCAGUCAUUAGGCUUCAGUCUAAGGAUUCAGCUGAGGAGUUCCUCAAAAAGGACCAGACCUUUGUUAUUGGUCUAUUCAAGAAUUUUGAGGGAGCAGAACAUGAAGAAUUUGUGAAGACAGCAACCACAGACAAUGAAGUACAGUUUGUAGAAACCAGUGAUACAAGUGUUGCCAAAGUUCUUUUUCCUGGUAUUACAUCCGAGGAGAAAUUUGUGGGCCUUGUUAAAAGCGAGCCAGAGAGGUUUGAAAAGUUUGAUGGAGAGUUUGAAGAAAAGGCAAUUUUGCGGUUUGUGGAGCUCAAUAAGUUUCCCCUAAUUACUGUUUUCACUGAGCUCAAUUCGGGUAAAGUAUAUUCAAGCCCUAUUAAACUACAGGUCUUCACCUUUUCAGAGGCUUAUGAUUUCGAAGAUCUUGAAUCUAUGGUUGAAGAAAUAGCCAGAGCAUUCAAGACAAAGAUAAUGUUUAUAUAUGUGGACACUGCUGAAGAAAACCUUGCAAAACCAUUCCUCACUCUUUAUGGCCUUGAAUCAGAAAAAAAGCUACUUCUUCUGGAUGGCACACUGCCGCCGUACCACAAAUCAGAACCAGUUCCUCAAGAGAAGGGACUUGUUGAAAAGGUUGUUGGUCGUACAAUUGAUUCUUCUGUGCUCGAAAGUCAUCAAAAUGUCUUCCUUGAGGUUCAUACACCUUGGUGUGUUGACUGUGAAGCGAUAAGUAAAAAUGUUGAGAAAUUGGCCAAGCAUUUUAAUGGUUUGGACAAUCUUAAAUUUGCACGCAUAGAUGCUUCUGUGAAUGAACAUCCCAAAUUGAAGGUGAACAAUUACCCGACGCUAUUCCUUUAUCUUGCUGAAGACAAAAGCAACCCGAUCAAGCUUUCAAAGAAAUCAAGUGUCAAGGACAUGGCCAAACUCAUCAAGGAGAAGCUGCAAAUAUCAGAUGUGGAGACAGUAGCGGCUCCUGACAAUGUCAAGGAUGAUGUGGAGACAGUAGCGGCUCCUGACAAUGUCAAGGAUGAGCUAUAA